AUGGAUUCAAUAUCUCAGUCAUCGGAUCCCCACCGGGUCAAUAGCAACCCAGGCAGCAAGAAGUCCUCUCGACAGGACCGCAGUCAACGCCCCCAGAGAAACGUGAACCCUUUACAAGAUGGGAUCCGGCAGUUCGUGGAGAAUCACGUCCCAGCAUCACUGCUCUCGGAACUCAACCUAUCACUUGAUACACUCACGUCAAAUCUCCCGAAACGGUUCACCAUCUACGAACCCCUGCUACUUCUGCCUGCAAAUGCAUUUAGCGCACCACCGUCAUGGGGCGCACUCUACACGAACCUGAAUGCAGAGCAGCGGAAAGAACUAUACGCAUCGAUUGCAAAGGCAUCCAACCGGAAAGGCGUGACCCACAUUGCCGUCAAUGCCCCCAUCUCUCUAUCAAAUGCCCAGGGCCAAGAGAACCGGAUGCGAAGCCCCGUGGGACUCAUCCCGCUAUACGGCGACUUUGGACCUGGUUUCAUGGCUUCGAAACUGGGUGACGAGAGCGCACAGCCAAGCGCCGAAGAUCUCGAAGCUGCGUUCUGGGUGCGCACGUCGCAGAACCAAGGGAUUACUCAGAUCUGGGCUCCCUUGUAUACCAUGUUCUCUCGCGGCAAUGUCACUGAAAAGGCGCGUAUUUUGGGCCAGGGUCCGUCUGGACAUAUCUUUGAGGGAUUGAAUGAGCAAUCCCUGCAUGGCCACACGAUGGCCAAUAUCAGUGUCGUGGAUUUGUAUGCUGGGAUUGGCUACUUUGUAUUUUCGUACCUCCGACGAGGCGUCAAGCGCGUGUGGGGGUGGGAAUUGAAUGGCUGGUCUGUUGAGGGUCUUCGCCGUGGAUGCGUGGCGAAUAGAUGGGGCUACCGAGUCGUCAAGGUGUUGGACGACGGAGAAAUUGAUGGAGGUGUACAAGGCCUCGUGGACGGCCUGACGGACCUGGAUCGGGUGGUGAUAUUUUACGGGGAUAACCGGUUCGCAGCUGAUAUCCUUGCAAAGAUCCGGUCUUUGAUGGAGACACAAGAAACAUGGAAUCCUGUCCGCCAUGUCAACCUGGGCCUCUUGCCUUCAUCGCAACCGUCUUGGGACAAUGCGUGCCGGAUGCUCGAUCUACAAUCAGGGGGCUGGCUCCAUGUUCACGAGAACGUGGACAUUCGUGAGAUCGACCAGAAGAAACGGGAUAUUGUGGAAGAAAUUUCCCGGCUUCGAACUCGGGUUGCCGGGGAGCAAGCGGCUCUAUAUGAGCCUGUUGCUCAUUGUUGCCAUGUGGAGCAUGUCAAAACGUAUGCCCCGGGGGUCAUGCACUGUGUCUUUGACAUCCGAGUAUCCGACAAAAAGAAUAUUUGA